AUAAUCAUUUGGGUUAUAUGGAGAAUGAUCCGAUUCGUGGACAAGAUUCUUUGAAUACUUUUAGGGAAAUUUUGCAAAUAGCAAAACAAAAUGACGUCGAUAUGGUUUUAUUGGGUGGGGAUCUUUUCCACGAGAAUAGACCUUCUCGAAAGACGCUUUACGAGACUAUGAAAAUACUUCGCACUUAUUGUAUGGAUUCUAAUUAUAAAGUUUCAAUGCCUGUAUUUUCUAUUCAUGGCAAUCAUGAUGAUCCAUCCGGAGACGGAAACCUUUGUGCUUUGGAUGUUCUUGCAGUUUCAGGUCUUGUAAAUUAUUUUGGUAAAACUAACGUAGUGGAAAAUAUUGUAGUUAAACCAAUAUUGCUAAGAAAAGGUGAAACAGUAUUGGCACUAUAUGGAUUGGGAAAUGUAAGAGACCAACGAUUGCAUCGAAUGUUCACUGAUGAUGCUGUCAAAAUAAACCUACCACCUAAUAAAAUAUCAAGUGAAUCGUUCAAUCUGAUGGUAUUGCAUCAAAACAGAGUCGCACAUUCAAUUAAAAAUUAUAUACCAGAACACUAUUUACCUGAUUUUAUGAACAUGAUAAUUUGGGGUCAUGAACAUGAUUGCAAAAUUGAACCGAUAUACAAUGAGCAGCAGAAUUUUUAUGUUUCUCAACCUGGAUCAUCUAUUGCUACCAGUCUAGUUGAGGGCGAGCUUGAACCAAAACAUGUGGCCAAAUUGAAUAUAAUUGGUGAUCAAUUUGAGUUGAAAAAGAUUCGUCUUCGCACUGUUCGCCCAUUUGUAAUUGGUGAAUUAUCAUUGAAAGAUGUUGAGGGGCUUGACCCCACAAAAACAUCAGCAGUAAGUGCUUAUUUAAUCACAAAGGUAGAAGAACUUAUUCAAGAUGCCAAAAACCAAUGGCUCGAAAUGAAUGAUUACGAUUAUGAUCUAGAUGAAGAAAUGUUUCCUCUUCCUUUAAUUAGACUAAAAGUGGAAUAUAGUGGAGGAUUCACAGUUUUGAACAAUCGGCAAUUUGGACAGAAAUUUGUAAACCUUGUUGCAAACAAUCAUGAGAUUUUAUUUUUCUAUCGAAAAAGAGCGUUCGCAG